CUCAAUGUCUACACACUUUAACAGACGAAAAUCCCGAUGUCCACGUUCACUUCCAGCAGAAUCCACAAUAUAUACAAUCGUUAUUGAACAUCAUCAAGCUUGAUGAAAAUGGCACCUCGUCAAAUGAACAUUCGUUGUUUAUCGAAGUCCUAUGCUGUGGAAUCCUAUCGAAUAUUUGUUCCGUUGUCGACCUUUCUAUAUCAAAAUCGGAGUCCACUUUGGAUUUAAACAAUUAUUUGAUGCCUGUGCUAAUCUCUUGCUUGACUCUCGAUAUUAAUAAAACUGCAAACGAAGCUGUUGAGAAUGUUUCAGAGAUUGAAAAUGCACAAUGCUCAGAAACCAUAAAAGAACGUCCAAAAUAUACAAUACCAACGGCAGAAAAUAAUUUAAGCAGUAUCAAUGUGCGACUAAUGACUUUACAACUUGCGCUCGAAAUUUUGUCCAAAAUUUUUUUGGAUUGUUUUUCUAACGACGGUGAUGAUGAUGGAUGGCAAGAUGAGUCUCAAGAUGACGAUAUGAUGUUCGCUAAUGUUAAAGAAGAUAUCAAAGAAGAUAUGAUGUUCGCUAAUGUUAAAGAAGAAGUUAUCAAAGAAGAUAUCAGCACAAUGGAAGAUAUCACUAUGAUGGACGCGAAUCAGCCUGACAAACAAUCAAAAAUUUAUCCGAUAUUAAACACUUAUGCUACUAUUAUUCUACCCAAUCUUUUUAAUUUAGCCUGCCCAACACAUUUAUCAUUUCCAGAACAACUUGGUCCUAACGUGUUUCCAAUGCCCUCAGUUGCCCCAGAGAUCACUUCAUCGCUUGCAACGGUGCAUUUAAGAGCUAUAGAAUGCAUUAACAAUUUCCUUUUGAUAAUGGUAGAUAAUGUUGAAGAUAAAUGGUGGUUUACGCAGCAUCGAGAGGAUGCUAAACAAGCAUGGGCAUUUCUGUUUGAAUUGGGUGGUCAAGUUACCGGAAAAGGAAUAGGUGAACCAGGACAAGAAAAUAGAGCCAAAAUUCUGGAUGCAUUAAUAGGAUGCCUUUGGACUUUGACCCGAGGGUUAGAAGGCAAUGUGCCUGUUACUGGUGACCAAAUUCACAGUUUGAUUGGUUGCUAUGAGUUAGGUGUAUAUAAUACAAUGCGUGUAAAGAUAAUUGGUACAUUAGGUGUGAUUGCAAGGCGACAAAAUGCUAUAAAUGAUAAUAAGCUGAUAGGAACGUUCCUGCUAAAUAUUCUAAGCUCCUUAAAAAAUGAUUUAGCGUCUCCGGAAUGUGUAAUCGAAGUUCUUAACGCUAUAUAUGACAUAUAUGCAGACAAAGAUUUUGAUUAUGAUGAACCAGUUUUUGUUCAAGGCGGCUAUCUACCUUUGCUCGAAAGUAUGGUUGAUACAGUACGCAAAGUGACGAAAUCUAUUGAUAAGAGAACGUCACGUGAUUUACGUCUUCGUGCGGAUGAAGCUUACGAAAACCUUAUUACGUUUGUAAAGUAUAAAAAAGAUGAACGACAUAACUAG